AUGUGGAAGAUGCACAGUAUCGCAAGAGUCGCUGCUCCCCGUCGCGUCUUAACUCGCUGUCACUCGAAGCGAUUUGAAGUAUCAGUGACGGCACGGUCUCGCGGUAUCAUCACAUCGGCAAAGCCGCCUCGGCUCAUCCUAGGCAUCGAGACCUCAUGUGAUGAUUCUUGCGCCAGCGUCGUCUCAUCCGACCGCAAUAUCCUAUCCGACAUCGUCACCAAGCAGGACCAUUCUACCACGGGCGGCAUUCACCCUCUGUCCGCAGCGCUGGGUCAUCAUGCCAACAUCGCGCCUACUAUCGCUGCUGCUAUCGACCAGGCACAGAUCGCCGCGUCAGAUCUUGACGCCAUCGCAGUAACGCAAGGCCCGGGCAUGGCUAGCAGUCUUGGCGUCGGCCUUUCCGCUGCAAAGACGCUCUCGGCGGUGCUCCGCAAACCCUUGAUAUACGUUCACCACAUGCAGGCGCACGCAUUGACGCCCUUGCUGACCGAAGCAGAUCCGCCACAAUUCCCUUUCUUGGUGCUGCUCGUUUCAGGGGGUCACACUAUGCUGGUUCUCGCUAGAAGCGUGACCGACUUCGAGAUACUGGCGACGACGAGUGACGAUUCGAUCGGUGAUGCGUUCGACAAAGUUGCGAGGGACCUGGGUAUUCCGUGGACCUCAGCGCCUGGAGCAGCUCUAGAGACACUUGCGGCGGAAGCCGAAGCGACCGACAACCAGCAAAUCUUUCCCGUGCCUCGCAGGGGUCAGCCAGGAUUCUCGUAUUCUGGUCUCAAGGCAGCGGUACAGCGCCACAUCGAGUCCCAGCAGACCGACGGUAAGAUGGCAACAUCGAAAGCUCUGAUAGCUGCUGCCUUCCAACGAGCAGCUUGCGCUCAGCUCGAAGACAAGCUCGGCAUGGUCCUGCGACCAUCACAUCACGAGCAAGAUGCCCGACGUCGCCCAUAUUCGCGUAUCAAGUUACCCGAUGGCGUCAAUGGGGACGACAUCAAGACCGUUGUUUGCAGCGGCGGCGUAGCCAGCAAUGCUUUCAUUCGUGCGCGGCUGCGAGAGCACCUCGACGAUCUCGGAAGGCAAGACGUUGACCUGCAAUUCCCUCCUCUACCACUGUGCACCGACAACGCGGCUAUGAUUGCGUGGACCGGACACUUGAUCUUCGAGCAAUGUACCAAGGACUAUACUCGCCACGCCCGGCCCAAGUGGAGCAUGGAAGACAUCCCGCGAUGA